CGCCGGCAAGGGGGCAACGAGGAAGCUCUAAAGAGCGCAGCCGGAAAUUGAGUUACAGACAUCCUGCCAAAAUGAUUUCUUCAAAGCCCAGACUUGUCAUACCCUAUGGCCUCAAGACUCUGCUCGAGGGAAUUAGUAGAGCUGUUCUCAAAACCAACCCAUCAGACAUCAACCAGUUUGCAGCAGCUUAUUUUCAAGAACUUACUAUGUACAGAGGGAAUACUACUGUGGAUAUAAAAGAUCUGGUUAAACAAUUUCAUCAGAUUAAAGUAGAGAAAUGGUCAGAAGGAACGACACCACAGAAGAAAUUAGAAUGUUUAAAAGAACCAGAAAAAACAUCGGUAGAAUCUAAAGUACCUACCCAGAUGGAAAAAUCUACAGACACAGACGAGGACAAUGUAACCAGAACAGAAUAUAGUGACAAAACCACCCAGUUUCCAUCAGUUUAUGCUGAGCCAGGUGCUGAGCAAACUGAAGCAGUUGGUGAUUCUUCUUCCAAACCAGCCACCCCUAAGGCUACUACCCCACCCUCAUCACCACCUCCAACAGCUGUCUCACCAGAGUUUGCCUACGUCCCAGCUGACCCAGCUCAGCUUGCUGCUCAGAUGUUAGGUAAAGUUUCAUCUAUUCAUUCUGAUCAAUCUGAUGUUUUAAUGGUGGAUGUGGCAACCAGUAUGCCUGUUGUUAUCGAGGAGGUGCCAAGCUCAGAGGCUGCUGAAGAUGUCAUGGUGGCUGCUCCUCUUGUGUGUUCUGGAAAGGUGCUAGAAGUGCAGGUUGUGAGCCAAACAUCUGUCCAUGUAGAUUUGGGUUCUCAACCUAAAGAAAAUGAGGCUGAACAAUCAACGGCUUCCUCAGUCCCCUUGCAGGAUGAACAAGAACCUCCUGCUUAUGAUCAAGCUCCUGAGGUCACUUUGCAGGCUGAUAUUGAGGUUAUGUCAACUGUUCAUAUAUCAUCUGUCUAUGACGAUGUGCCUGUGAUUGAAGGAGUUGUUUAUAUCGAGCAACUGCCAGAACAAAUAGUUACCCCUUUUACUGAUCAAGUUGCUUGUCUUAAAGAAAAUGAGCAGUCACCACCAGUUAGUCCCAAAUCUGUAGUAGAAAAGACCACCUCUGGCAUAUCUAAAAAAUCUGUAGAGUCUGUAGAACUUGCACAGUUGGAGGAGAAUGCAAAAUAUUCCUCAGUAUAUAUGGAGGCAGAAGCAGCAGCUCUGCUCUCUGACACAUCUUUGAAAGGUCAGCCUGAGGUACCUGCACAACUCCUGGAUGCAGAGGGCGCUAUCAAAAUAGGCUCUGAAAAAUCUCUGCACCUUGAAGUGGGGAUCACUUCAAUAGUCUCUGACAAUACUGGGCAGGAGGAGUCUGGGGAAAACUCUCUACCCCAGGAGAUGGAAGGCAAACCUGUGCUCUCUGGGGAAGCUGCAGAAGCAGUGCACUCAGGUACAUCUGUAAAGUCAUCUAGUGGCCCCUUCCCUCCUGCUCCAGAAGGCCUUACUGCACCAGAAAUUGAACCAGAAGGGGAAGCAACAGCUGAAUAAGGUUUGAUAAAGCCAGAAGAUGUAGCUAAAAAAAGUUCAGGAUCUGGUGACAAAUGUGCUCCCUUUGGAAGUUACGGUAUUGCUGGGGAGGUAACCGUGACUACUGCUCACAAAGUUCGCAAAGCAGAAACUGAAAACUGAUCCAGAAAUGACGCUGUUUGGGUCAACAUUUCAGGGAGGAGUCUGCCACCAGUGUAAUGUAUCAAUAAACUUCAUGCAAGCAU